GUUCCCAUUGUGCGGCCCGAUCUGGCCGUGCGUCGAACGUCGGUAUAAGUAUCUUCAGCGUUCGAUAUUCUGUGUCCACACUGCAUUUCUCCGCUCUCCCUCUGUGCCCUCGACAACGACUCUCAGAGACAUGGCCUCGUUCAAGCCCAUCAAGUCGGCUGUGCUCGGUGUCGGGCUUGGUGGACUGACCUUCCACAUCCCGUUUGUCCUUGCGCUGCCCCAGUAUUUCACACUGCAUGCCGUGCUUGAGCGCAAUCCCACGUUGCCCGGUGGAAAGCUCGGCGCGCGAUUUGGCGCUGAGUCGGCGAAGAACGUCAAGAUCUACCGGAGCUACGACGAGGUGUUGAGCGACCCAGAAGUCGAGCUCAUUUUUAUCAGCACCCCAAGCGAGACGCACUACGCGCUUGCAAAGCAGGCGCUGGAAGCUGAGAAGCAUGUGCUCGUUGACAAGCCGGUUACAGCAACCGCCCAGCAAGCCUACGAAUUAGGAGAGCUCGCGAAAACGAAGGGGGUCGUUCUAUAUCCGUUCCAGAAUCGGCGUUGGGACUCGGAUUUCCUGGCGCUCCGCAAGCUAUUGGACCUCCCACCGUCAGACCCGAAGUCGUUGGGGACGCUCGUGGAAUUUGAAUCCAGGUUUGAUCGUUAUCGCGCAGCACUCAAGGGCACAUGGAAGGAUCUACCAAUUCCUGCCAAUGGCCUGACAUACGACCUGGGCGCCCAUACUAUCGAUCAGUCUCUGGUGCUGUUUGGGCGCCCGAAGGCGGUUACUGCAAUGAUCGAAAACAUAAGAGGGAUCGGGCAUAAGGAGGUGGACGACUGCUUCACAAUCUUCCUUCACUACCCGCCGCGCAAGGCAGGCACCGGUCUACAGCCAACAUCAUUUACAGCCAUCCUACGAGGACACAUCCUAUCCGUACGUUCGCCGCAAGUGCGGUACGUCGUCCGUGGGCUGCAGGGGACAUAUACCAAAUUCGGCGUGGACGUUCAAGAAGACCAGCUCAAGGUCAUCCCGGACCCUGCUCAGAUAACAGUAUCCGAAUCCUACGGUGUGGAGCCGGAGAGUAUCUGGGGGACGUUAGAGAACCUCACGACAGGCGACAAGAUCGUGAAAUCUACAUGGCCGUCUACUGAGCGCGGUAACUACGCGGCCCUUUUUGAGGACCUUGCGAAGACCAUUCGCGAAGGCAAAGAACAGGCGGUGAAGUGGGCCGAGUCGGCGGAAGUCCUUGAGAUCAUCGAGCUUGCGUACGAGAGUGCGCGUGAAGGACGCACGAUCACGGUGCCUCCGCGGCCGUGAGGCAGCCCACGCAUUGGUGCAUCAUGGGUGGCUAGUAAUUAAAGCGGCGGCAUACGCGAAGAGAAGUAAUGAACCGAAGUGUACUAUGUGACCCUGCGCGGAUGCUGUAUAUCAUCGCGCGACAUGGAUUAACUUUGCUAUAAACAUGGACUAGCAACUUUCCGAG